GCCGAUUCGUCCGCCAUGUUACUUUGUGAGCCACAUUUUGCCAGCGGUAGUCUUUAUGAGCGCAUACGCAUCGAAGAACGUAGUUUCCAGGGUCUUCUCGGUAGAGGUGACAAUUUCAAGAUGGCGACAACAUUUGACCAAGAACUGCGAAAGGCUUUUCAAGAACUUCAGGGGAAAAUGAUUGAAACCACUCAGCGUGUCAAGAUAGCUGAAGGGCAAAUAAUGCAACUACGAAGGAACAUUGCCCAUGCCAAAUUGACAGAUCAAGAACUAGCGUCUUUACCUACUGAUACACCCACUUAUGAGUCAGUAGGAAGAAUGUUUGUCCUCCAACCUGUAUCAGACAUCAGGAAGGAACUAGCAGAAAAGCUCCAUGGUAAUGAAGAAAAAAUAAAGAGCAUAGAGGCAAACAAGGAAUACCUUCAAAGAAGUGUUAAAGAACACGAAGAUAAUAUAAGGGAAAUGCUCGCCAGUCGACCAAAGUAGUUCACGUUAAUUAAUUUCAUUGUUACAAAUCUUAUAUGUGGGUAUACAUGUAAUAGUAUAAUAAACAGUAUUUGUAAGUAGUAUAUGUGUGUUUCAUUGAAAGUCAUACAUGAACCAUUUUCAGUCUCAAAUAAAUAGGGUGAUGUAGCAGCUCUUGUAAGGUCUCACAUGAAUGGCUCGAUACCCUUUAAGAAAACAAUAGAACAGACAACAGAAACAAUGCCCCCUAGUCCUAAAACAAUAACAGCUGUUAUAAUAAUAAAACAGUAACGGCUUAUGAGAGCUGUUACACUUCUGAAUAAAUAUCAUAUCCUUGUGAGCAAGGCCUACAGCCACCUGAGUGACUUAAUUACGGGGGAACCCAGUUAAUCCAGUCACCAAUGGGCCACAAAAAUUUUGCCUUAUUAACGGGGUGGCUUUAUUGAAGGGGUUCUUUAAACAAGGAAAUGACUGACUGAGCUUUUGUUCGGGUCAGAAUAAAGUGGCCACAAUAAUGAGGUGACUGUAUUUACGGAGUGGCGGUAAGGCGGGGUCCAAUCUAUUUACAACGUUACUGUACCUUGAAGAGUGAGUGUAUAUUUGACAGUGUUCUAAAAUCUUGACGUCGUGCAGGAUUAUGCAGGAUUAUGCAUGACAUCAGAAUUGCCAAAAUCUAUGCACAGUAGCUGCUGUAGUCAACAAAGAUUUGCAUGCACUUCUGUAUAUCCAAGCGCAACAAGGUCCAUGAGAAAAGGCAAAGGGAUGAUAUUUCUCCAGUGUAGUGUAUAUGGUCCCAAGCAACUUUAGUUAACAAGAAACUUUCAUUUUAAUUGAAAUUAAAAUUUUUAUUGAACAAGUUUGUAGUUAGUGGAGACUUUACCUCUAUAGUCUGAUACCUAGAUAAUAUUGGACUGGCAACAAACCAUUCUGAUUUAUUCAUUUUGAUAAUUUAUUGGCUCUCUCAGCUAUCUUGAUUGUGUAAAAACAUUUGACAGCAAUGACAGAUAGAUAACAACUUAGCUCACACUGAUUUUGUAUGAGAUGAUGGUCAAUUGUCAAUAUUGAGAUAACUGCAUGUAUAUUCUACAGACCUUCAGGAAUUUCUGAAAUCUUUUAGCUAUUUUAUGGUUAGAAAUAAUGGGAAAGUUUAGGUAAAGCUCCUCAUUUUUUAUAAAUUACUCAUUUAAUGCCAGACUUCACCCAUCUUUUGAAACUUAUGAUUUUCAGAAAACUUGAAGUUCUUCAAAAUUUUAUAAUCAUCUUUUAGAAGUUUGCUAGGAAGUUCAGACCAAGCAAUUUGUUGAUGUUUGCUUGAGACAUACAUUUUACUGCCCAUUAAUUUUGUUUCCCUUUGGAAACUGCAUUAUAGCAAUUUCCUCAAGAUUCUCUGGUGAACAAAAUUAUCAAUGGUAAAGGUUUCAGUGUAUCUUAUUUGCCAUAAAUUAUUACUUGUCUUUUAGUUUAAUUACUGGUUAACACUUUAUGCUUUCUCUUUCAUUUUAUUGCUGUAUCAGGAGAUUAUACAUGUAUUUUAGUACUUUUCAGUAUAUAGUUGUUACUGUAUACAAAAUUUAAAAAAUGGUGAUGAACAAGUAGGUCAUGGUAGUGAGCUGGAGGUUUGUGGAGUUUUAUAAUCUAUCAAAUAUUUUCGCUCACACACAAUUGAUUUAAAUGCGUCACGUGGCUGGAUAAUAUUUCCCUUGCUAAAACUGGGGAAUAUCGGAGUGAUAUUCCCCAAUUUUCAUAGCUGUGUGUGUUGCGAAAAAAGAUUUGAAGGAUGAAGACAACAGCCUCCAUUAAGCGUGAAAAUUUGCUUGGAUAUUUGUCCUUGGACAUUAUCUGUUCCUUGAUGCUCACAGUUUUUCCUCAAGCUAGGCUCUUGGAAAACUGUUGGAACAAAUAUUUGAGCAUAUUUCCAUGCCAAAUGGAGGCUAUUGUUUAUUUAUUCUACUCUUAUCUCUUUCCCAGGGUACAGUUAAUACCCAGGGGAGGGGUAUUCCUUGCAGUGGCUGUUAUUACAGUUGAGCCUAAUAUUCAUUUGUUUAAAAAGGAAUGCAAACAAGUCGAAAGGGUCAAUAAAAAUCAGAAUUUACCCUUUCA